AGGCAAUACGUGAAUGCCGAAGACAGCUGCAGUGGAGUGGCGCAGUGCACUUGCUGCAGAGAAGCCAAAUGCAGCAGGUCGAGUGCGACAUCAUCAGCUACAACACGCUCAGUGGCACGUGCCAGGAGGCAUGGCGCAAGUCCAUCCGCUUGUUGGAGGAGGCUCAUUGCAGAAAUAUCGAAUGGGACCUUAUCUCCUACACCGCAGCACUAGGUGCUCACGAGAAGGGCGAUCAAUGGCACCAAGCCCUGGCUCUUUUGGAUGAUGUUUGCCUGGAUUCCAUCGCUUGCAGCAAGCUGCUGAAGAUCUGCGGCUCGACUCGCUCGACCUGGGCCUCGAGUCUGGCGCUCUUUGUAAGCGAAAAGGGCCACUGGCCGACGGCCCUGGAGCUGCAGGGUCUGUUGCGUCAGCAGGGCCUUCGCUGUGACACCGUGACCUUCAACUGCUGCAUCGAUGCCGCCAAGCGCUGGGAAGACGCGCUGCGGCUGCUUCGAGGGAUGGAAUUGAUGGAACCGGCACCAGAUCUCAUCACCUUCAGUUCCGCCCUUUGCAGCGCCACCACCGCCUGGCCUGUCGCCGCCGAGCUCAUGCAGACCAUGGUGCUGCAGCGCGUGGUGCCCAACGUGGCCUGCGUAGCGGGGGCCAUGGGGAGAAGCACUUGGCGCCUUUUCUUGACCCUCUUGCGGCCGUUCCCGGAAUCGCUUCGCAGCACUGCGGUUGCUGCGCAGAUGUCAAGCUGUCAGAUGUCUAGUGACUGGCAGGCUGCCGUUCAUUUCGUCAGCCUGACGCACAUGCGCAUGGAGGCCAAUAUAGUGCUCUGUGGCUCCUGCCUCUCUACUUUCGAGGCGGCUGCAGAUGAUGCGGCGGCUUGGCACAGGGCCCUGCAGAUGAUGCGCUGGGCACAAAGCCGAGAACUUCAGCUGGACCAGAGGUGCAGCGACUCCUUGAGAAGUCUUUGUGCGAAGAGUCAGAGGUGGCAGCAGGCUCUUGAAUUCGGCUGGCAGCGAAGCUUGAUGUGCAUGGAGGACUGGAAAGAGUCCUGGUCCUUGCUGCAAGCGCUACAACAUCAACUUGAUGAGACAUCAAAAAUCGUGGUUGUCAACGUCGCCAGCAGCCUUUCCCCCUGGCGCAACGGCCUCCAGUUGCUCCACGGCAUGGCGCGGUCGCGGCUGCGUCUGAACGUGGCGUCGGCCGCGGCCGAUAAAAACGGCGGCUGGGAGAUGCUGUGCGGCGCCUUGCGGCACAUGGAGGAGACACUCCUUGCGCCCAACGUCGUCAACUACACUCCUGUGAUUACCGCGUGUGGCAAGGACUUGCAGUGGCAGAAGGCCUUGAAUGCCAUCUACAGAAUGAGAUCUCCGAUGAAUGAGAUCAUUUGCAGUGCUGCCAUCAGCAGUUGUGAGAGAUCCUCGCAAUGGGAACAGGCGAUUUCCUUGUUGUCUUCAGCCGAUGCUCUUCAAUUGAACUUGGAGAUCAUCAGCUACAAUUUUGCGCUCAGCGCAUGUGAUAAGAGCAUGAAGUGGCAACAAGCACUUCAAAUUUUCUCUCUCUUGGAGUCCAAGUUGCUGCAAGCGAAUUUGAUCACCCUGAACACCGUGAUCAGCGCACUGGGUCGCUGGCAUUGGCAAAAAGCCUUGCAUGUCAUGAGGCAGAUGGAAGUGGAGCCAAGUGCGAUCACCAGAGCCUCCGUCACGGAAUGUGCGUCUCGCGCAGCGCCGUGGCGGCUCUGUGUGGCCUUGGCGCCGCACACGCGCGACGUGAUCGUGGAGGCCGUGUUGGUGAAAGCACGGCUGGGUGCUGGGAACUUGGACGUGUCACUUCACCUUGCGGCCGUUGAGGACGUGACGUGCCGAACACUGGACGGAACGGAAAAAAAGUGCGGCCGUUCAGAAAGGGCGAGUUGGGAACUUUUGGAGUUGGAUUUUGGUUUG